GUCAAUGCCGGGAGCCAUUUAUAGACAAAAAGAGCAGGGAGAGAGAAAGAGCAUACAAAACUUGACAUGUCCUUUUCAGUUUGUACAAACGUGCAAGUACAACCUGGAGUGCACGAAGAGAAAAACGCUAAAUUAUAGCACCACGGUUUGGAAAGGAUACCAACACUGAAGAAAACCAGACACAUGCCAUUGCUAUAAAUAACAGUACAUAAGACAUUGUGCAAUGGCUCCACCACUCUCGCAGGCCUACAGGAGGCGCUGGUGGAUGGCUGUCACAUCAAUCAUAGAAAAUCUGCUCUUCUCUGCUGUAUUGUUGGGUUGGGGUUCCCUCCUUAUCAUGCUGAAGAACGAGGGCUUCUACUCACACCUGUGUUCAGGGAAUGUCACAGAGGGUCACACUAACGCGAGUUUAACGGGGCGGACGGUUUGGCUGAGCUGUAUUGAACAGGAGGAGAUUCUAAAUCUGGGCUUCACGAUUGGAUCGUUCAUCAUCAGCGCAGCCACUCUGCCACUAGGUGUCCUGAUGGACAAGUUUGGGCCACGUCCAAUCAGAUUGUUUGGCAGUUCGUGUUUUGCAUUUUCCAUGGCUUUGAUUGCAGUCGCAUCUUAUAAUCCAAAAGUGUUAUCAUCUCUAAUAUUUAUUGCUGUCUCCAUGAAUGGGUUUGGAGGAAUCUGUCUAACCUUCACUUCACUAACAUUGCCAAACAUGUUUGGAAAUGUGCGCUCGACGAUUCUUUCUCUCAUGAUUGGCUCAUAUGCGUCCUCUGCUGUCACCUUCCCAGGAGUCAAGCUGAUCUAUGAUGUGGACGUACCGUUUUCUGUGAUCUUCUGGGUAUGGGCAGGGCUUGCCUGCCUCGUCUUCCUCAACUGCUUUAUUAAUUGGCCGGGAGAAUCUUUUCCUGCCCCUGAGGACAUCAGAUACAUUACAAUGGAGAAGUUGAGAGGUGAAGUAGAGGACCAUAAAAUGACUGACACUCAUGUGACUCUUAAAGAGCAAGAGUUGACCAAAAAACCUUCUACUGAUGAAGCACCCAGCGAUGGAACUGUAGCAGAGAACCAGGCAGGACCUCCCUUUCGUCGUUCUGUGUGCUCACCUAUUUUCCUGUGGAGUAUUAUCACCAUGGCGAUGACCCAGCUCCGUGUCAUUUUUUUCAUGGGUGCCAUGAAUAAGAUGUUGGAGUUCCUGGUUACCCAUGGUGACCCUAACCCCUCAGAGGAGUUGGAGAAGGAGGCAGAGGACCAAGUGAGUCUCUACUCGUCCAUCUUUGGCACUCUUCAGCUGCUCUGCCUGAUGUCCUGUCCUCUGAUUGGCUACAUCAUGGACUGGAGAAUGAAGGAGUGUGAGGACGUGGUGAAUUCAGCCGAGGGAGAAAAAAGUCCAUCUGGGCCUCCAAAGAGGGACAGAAAGAUCCAAAAACUCACCAACGCCAUCAGAGCUUUCAUCUUUACUAAUAUACUGCUAGUCAUCUUCGGCAUCAUCUCCCUCAUAGACAAUCUGCCCAUUCAGGUGGUGUCUUUUGUUCUUCACACUGCAGUUCGAGGUUUUAUUCACUCCUGCUGUGGUGGGCUCUAUGCUGCUGUCUACCCAACCAAUCACUUUGGCACUCUGACGGGCAUGCAGUCCAUGAUCAGUGCUGUGUUUGCCCUCCUACAACAACCACUCUUCAUGUGGAUGGUGGGACCAUUGAAGGGUGAUCCUUACUGGAUCAACUUGGGCCUGCUUCUGUUCUCAUUGGUUGGAUUCUUGCUGCCAGGAUACCUCUUCUACCAUCGGAGACAACUUAUAAAGGAGAAGGCAGCGCGUGAUAGUCUGUCAGUGAGGCAGUCAGUGCAGGAGAGCGUCAGCCUCAACCAAACAAAUGAUUCUUUAUAUAAAACCAACGGGAACGUCUGAGCUGGAGAACAUUUAUUAUUGAGAUGUAUGUGAAUUAUAGACCUGAUUUAUGAGGAGUUGUUCCAUUGCACUUCAGAAACUGAAUUAUUGGGCUUCCUGUUCAGUCACUGUAGAGACUUGACAAAUAUAAAACAGUGUUAGAAAAAUCAAGUGAAAGUGCAAUUUAAAUUAUCAGUCUAGGCUUUGACUGUGUGACUGGGCAGGAUGUAUUUUCAAGGAUUUUAUUAACACUUGCUCUACGUUGUUGACUUGUAGAGCAAAUUGACAGACAAAACGAAAGGAUGCCACACUGAGCAUUUUGUUUGUUAACAUUACCAUCUUAAAAGUCUCACCAUCACAACCACAUUUACAGUGUUUUCGUGGUUGUACCAGACAUAAAAACAUUAUGCUAGGGCAUAAAGUAUGUAGUGUGGCUGUUUCAUUAUUAUUACAUUGACACUUUGAAAUGUCCAGUAAAAUGGUAGUAAAACAAGAAGGGGUUAAAUGUCACCAAAAGCAUCUAAACUUCCUUCCACGAAGCACUUCCUGCCUCAUCAAUUUUGUUCAAAAUUCAGAAUCUACUUUUUAAUAUUUGUUCACAGUGUUAUUGUGCAUAAUUUAUCAGUGCAUGUUAUACCAAAGACAAUCAUUUUGUUUAAUAAUCUUUCAGAAAAACUUGAUCCAACUUGCUGAGAUACUUUUGAAACGAAACUCGACCUUCAGUUUCCACGUCUCGUUCAAAAAGCCUCCUCGAAAGUCUGUCAGAGGUUUCACAAUUGACUGUAAACUCAUAUUCUACAAUGACAUGAUCAUCAGUAUGUAUGUGCAGGUCACAGACAUAUUCAAACUCACUAGUAUGAAUGGUCACUAUUUUUUAAAUGAUGUUUGUCAUUUAGUGGAAUUUUGCUGGACUUCAUCUCCCAUCAAGACUCAGGGCAGGUAAAUGAGGCAGGGUUUCAUGUAACACUCACUUUACCUUGACAUGGAUCAUUUUAACUAUAAGCCUGUGGCCUCGAGUAGAUCUUUUCAUUGUAGGUUCUCAAUAGAUUUUUAUGCCAUCCCACUUUGACUAAACAUGAUGGACAUUCUGCUUUAUGUGACAACUGGUAAAUACACGAGUAUUUUUAUUGCAGACACCGGUUUUGCACUGUUUCAAAAGUACUGUUCUGUAUGUUACAGAGCUGUAAUCAUGUUCUCAAAGUUUCAGUGAUUCUAGUGAUUUUUCAACAUAAUGGUGCUUGUAUUGAUUGUGCUCAUGACUGUAAAUAUGCCUGAAGGGGGGGGGGGAAAUCAAAUAAAUACAAAGAUUUUGUCACAAAUCAGCCCA